AUGAAUCCGCUCCUACUCCAAUCACGCGAUGAACAACCAACUCAAAUUUUAGAAUAUAGUACACUUCAAUAUAUAGAUCCACGAUCGUUAGAUAUGUAUCAAACAUCACAGACUUUUACAGAUCCGCUAUCAUCUCAUAUAGAUCCAAUUACUCCGAUUCGGCGUCAUAAACGAAAAAGAGCACAAACAACGAGACCUUACGAAAAGCGAACACAUGCUUUGGUCGCAUGCGAUUCGUGUCGUAAAUUACGCCUAAGAUGUGAAAAGAAAGAGGAUUCUGAUUUUUGCGUUAGAUGUAUUGAUAGAAACAAAGAGGAUUGUAUAUUUAAUCAAGGAAGAAAAAGAGGUCGAAAACCUGGUAGCAAGAACAAACAAAAGUUUUAG